AUGCCAUUCUUUGGCUGGAUGAAAUGGCCAAAAAGUUAUUCUUACAAAAGUGGACAAUACCCUGGCUCAGAAGUUGUGACAAAGACACUUCUGAGAGAACUAAAAUGGCAUUUGAAAGAACGUGAGCAGCUGAUACAGGAGAUUGAAAGUGGACACAAAAUUCAAAAUCCUGAAAGUGAUUACAAUGGAAUAAGGAACUACGAAAAUUUUCAAAUAACUAUCCCAGCUACUGAACAACGGCAACUUGAAAUUCUUUGCUCUCAAAUCCAACCAUGUCAAACUGGAAUCAUACUCAGCAGAUUUCGAGAGGUUCUAGCAGAAAAUGAUGUUUUACCCUGGGAAAUUGUUUAUUUAUUCAAACAAGUUUUAAAAGAGUUCCUUACUAAUCUUGAAAAAGAAGCUCAACAAGAUCAACUGACUGAUGCUUGGAACACCAAUUGCUCCAGCCAAUUCGCAGCAUCCAACACCAACUCCAGGAAAAUGGACAAAGAGGAAAUCCCAACUGUAUCCAGCUAUGUUGACAAAAAUACACAAGGCAUCCUUCCAACAUUCUCCCACAGAAUCUGGAAUCUUCCCUAUUACUACCCAUCAAGUUAA